GAAAAUGGGACAAACAUAGAGCAGUAAUUCUUUGAGUACAAAGAACUUUUUAUUGAAGCUUUCAAACUGUUACAUAGGAUGUUGCUUGCAACAUUCAUGUCUCAGAUCAUUCGCUAUUCGUGACUUUCCGUGAACACCUUCAAGAUUCGUAAAGAGAGAUUUCAGUGUCUUAUUUAUUUAGUUCAUAGUCGAGUUGGGCUUGAGUGAAGUAGUAGUCAUCGAACGCUUGUGAGAUGCUUGUUAUGAAAACACCUCUAUCUAAUUCACAUUUCAUCAGUAGCCAUGCAGAAUAAGUGUCUGCGAAAAUUUAGCUAUGGUACAGUUAGCCCCUAGUUGAUUUCUGUCGUUUUCAGCUCUAAAACAAGUUAUUGUUCUGCAACAGUGCUGCAUAUUUCUUUAUUUCUACGCGUUGAGAGUAUUUAUAAUAUUUUUUUACAGUUACUAAUGGUAAUAAAAAUAUGUCAGUUAUUAUCUUGAAUAGAAAACAAAGCUGUCAGGAAAACUAAUUAAAUUGCACAAUGGUUGCAGUAUUACUGGUUCUUACAAACCAUGAAGACAUGGGAAACACUGGGAAAAAGACUGGCUGGUAUCUUCCAGAAUUGGCUCACCCUUACCAUGUAUUCAAGGAGGCAGGGUACAGUAUGACAAUGGUUAGCCCAAAGGGAGGAAAGGCACCCUUGGACAAGAGCAGUCUUGAUGCAUUUGCAGAGGACCCAGUCUGCAAAGAAUUCCUCAAGAGUGACGGAAUGAAAGCCACUGAAACCACUUCUACCAUUGCCUCUGUUGAUCCAGCCAAGUUUGAUGUUAUCUUUUAUGUUGGUGGUCAUGGACCAAUGUUUGAUCUAGCAGACUGUGAAGUCAGCAACAAAGCUGUGGCAACAGUUUAUGAGAAAGGAGGGAUUGUUGCUGCAGUUUGCCACGGUCCUGCUGGUAUUGUAAACACAAAGUUAUCAAAUGGUGAAUACCUUGUGAAAGGCAAGAAAGUGACAUGUUUCACUGACCAUGAAGAAGGCGUGAUGAAGCUGGUGGAAGCCAUGCCAUUUCUCUUGGAAACCAAGCUCAAAGAACAUGGUGCAGAAUUUGAAAAUGCAGAGGCAUGGCAACCUUGUGUCUCUGUCAGUGCCUGUGGGAGAGUGGCAACCGGGCAAAAUCCUGCCUCUGCAACACCCUUGGCAGAAAAAAUUGUGGAACUUUUAAAGAAGUAGAACACUUUUAACCGUUUUGGAAACCUUAUAGCAGGCUUUACUGUGUGGUUUCUUGCUAGUAGUGUAGAAUCAAUUUAUGAAUUAAUUUAAGAGGCAAGGGAAUUUUAGCUCUUGUGGACAGGUUAAUUUGUAACUUUUGGCUUCACUUCUUACUGGAAAGCAUUAAGAGGUCCUGCUGUCACUGUUAGUAUUUUGAACUUGUAUAUGUUAAAAGUACUUCCAAGAAAUAAAGGGUUCCAAACAAAGU